UAGGUCUGGGUAACUUGAAAGCUCAUGCUCUUUGCACAUGAUGAACAUUUAAAAAAAAAAUGUUUUCCAUCUUUUGGUUACCAAAUCACUUUAUUUUCAGUGAAGAGCUUUAGGGUUUAUGACAGUUACUUACAUUAUUAGUUUCUGUUAUCAGCUAUUGCUAUUUUUCUAUAUAAGUUAUUCUUUUUACUGCUUAAGUAGGAGCCUCCAAAGGUAUAUCUUGAAGUAUAGCUCCAGCUGGAAGGUACCUUUUAAGUCAUUCAAGGUCAAGAUGAGUACAGACUCAAAGGAUGUUUUAUCCCUGGAUGUUCAAGUUCCUGAAGACUGGGAAGAGUUUCUGACAAUGAAAGUAGAGGCAGAAAGUCAUCUUCAAAGGCAAGAAUCCAGACUGAAAUGCAAUAGUCCACUGACAAGGGAAAUCUUCCGAAGACACUUUCGACAGCUCUGCUACCAGGAGACCCCUGGACCAAGGGAAGCUCUUACCCGACUCCGGGAACUUUGCUACCAGUGGUUGAGGCCACAUGUGAGCACAAAGGAACAGAUUUUGGAUCUACUGGUGCUGGAGCAGUUCCUGUCCAUCCUGCCAAAGGAGCUGCAGGACUGGGUGAGGGAACAUUGUCCGGAGAGUGGGGAAGAGGCUGUGAUUUUACUGGAGGAUCUGGAGAGAGAGCUCGAUGAACCACAACAUGAGAUGGUAGCCCACAGACACAGACAAGAAGUCCUCUCUAAAGAGAUAGUACCUCUAGGAAAGCAGACAUCACUGAGCCUUCAGUCCCAGCCUAAGGAGCCUCAGCUAACAUGUGACCCUGCUCACAAGUCCCAACCUAUUGAAGAGACAGACAUAUUUCUGUUUUCCAAACCUGUUGUGAUCCCCCAGCUGAAGGGAGGAGGAGAACCAUGGCCUAACAACAGAGGAGUCCUAAGAGAUGAAGUGACCAAGGCUGAGGAAAGAGAGUUGGUGUUAAAGAAAGACUGUUCUAAGAUAGUGGAACCACAUGGGAAAAUGUUUCAGGAACAGACCUGGGAGGUAUCACACCAGGAUCCUCAACUUGGAGAAGUCGAUGAACAUAAGAAUCAAAGAGAGAGGAAGUGGGGAAACCCCUUAGGAGAGGGGCAACACAAAUGUGAUGAAUGUGGAAAGAGAUUUGCUCAGAGCUCAGGUCUCAUUAGACAUCAAAGAAUUCACACAGGAGAAAGACCCUAUGAAUGUAAUGAGUGUGGGAAAGCCUUCAGUCGGAGUUCUGGUCUUUUUAAUCACCGAGGAAUCCACAAUAUAGAGAAACAGUACCACUGUAAGGAGUGUGGGAAGGCCUUCAGUCAGAGUGCAGGUCUUAUCCAGCAUCAGAGAAUCCACAAGGGAGAAAAACCCUAUCGGUGUAGCCAGUGUGAUAAGAGCUACAGUCGGCGUUCAUUUCUCAUCGAGCAUCAGAGAAGCCACACAGGGGAGCGACCUCACCUGUGCACUGAAUGUGGGAAAAGUUUUAAUCGCCACUGCAACCUCAUUCGCCAUCAGAAGAUUCACACAGUGGCUGAACUGAUCUAGUCCUUGUUAUGAGCAUGUUUUCCAGAUCACUGGCCAAGUGAUAGGAUAAGACUAGAAAAUUCUUCUUCCUGUCUUUACUAAAUGUGUUUGAAACACUUACUGAUCUAUGGCCCAGGGACUUCCUAAGAAGAAAGUUUGGGGUUUUUUAAACUGCUGCUUUCUCUUUUGUUCAUUUACCCCUUUUCUCUUCCUACUAGCUAUGUCCCUCUUAUUUAUUCUCUUUGAGAUGGCUGCUAAACCCUCCUAAUAAUAAUAAAUGGCACUGCUAGAGCCAACAUGCCUGAAA